UGUGGUGGCUUGUGGGAUCGUCGUCGUCGGAGGUGGUGGGGGUCCAUCAUGGCGGCUUCCAUUUCGGGCUAUACGUUCAGUUCUGUCUGUUACUACAGCGCCAAUAGCAGCGCCGAUCACGAAGGAUUUUUAUUAGGAGAGGUAAGACAAGAGGAGACAUUCAGUAUUAGUGACUCUCAGAUCAGCAACACUGAAUUUCUGCAAGUAAUUGAAAUCCAUAAUCAUGAGCCUUGUUCCAAACUCUUUAGUUUUUAUGAUUAUGCAGGCAAAGUCAAUGAAGAGAAUUUGGACAGAAUUCUUAAAAAUCGGAGAAAAAAUGUUAUUGGAUGGUAUAGGUUUAGGAGGAAUACUCAACAACAAAUGUCAUAUAGAGAACACAUCAUCCAUAAACAGCUGACGCAGAUCCUUGGAGUACCUGACCUUGUCUUCCUUCUCUUCAGUUUCAUCUCCACCGCAAAUAAUUCUACGCAUGCUUUAGAAUAUGUCCUUUUUAGACCAAAUCGAAGGUAUAAUCAAAGAGUGUCACUUACUAUUCCUAACCUGGGCAACACAAGCCAGCAAGAAUAUAAGGUCUCUUCAGUGCCAAAUACUUCCCAGAAUUAUACCAAAGUUAUUAAAGAACAUGGUACUGAUUUUUUUGAUAAAGAUGGAGUGAUGAAGGACAUCAGGGCUAUAUAUCAAGUUUAUAAUGCACUUCAGGAAAAAGUACAGGCAGUAUGCAUAGACGUAGAGAAAAGCGAGCGAACUGUUGAAUCUUUCCAGGAGGAGGUGAAUAAGCUAAAAAGACAAAUCUCACAAAGGAAAAAUGAAAAAGAGCAGGAAAUAAGAUUACAACAGACUAUCUUAAACAGGCAAAUGUCAAAUGAUACCUUGGAGCCUAUAUUUAUCCCACAAAUAACACAUCCUGGAUUUGUUGUGGAAAGUAAUCUUGAAGAAUCAGAUGCUUCUGAUCCUCCUCCUCCUUAUGCUGACUUCAGUGUGAUCAAUCAUGACAAUGCUGUACGUCCUGGGGUUUUAGAAAGCAAUGUUUUUAUGCCUCGACCUCAAGCAGUGGGCUCUUCUAGUUAUGCUUCCACAAAUGCAGGAUUGAAGUAUUCAGGCAGUGGAACAUCCAUGCCACCUUGUUCCCAAACCACCAACGAUGAUAAUGUUAAUGAAUCAGAAGACAGUGACUAUGAGAAUUCGCUUGACCCUACAGAGUCUUCUGACAGUGAAUAUACACAAACAAGAGAUUCUCGAUCCUUAGCACAUGUGGAUGGAGAUUCCAGGAACACUCAAAUCUCUCAGAUUUAAUAUAGAGCUUAACAUAGGACUAUCUUUCCUAAUUGUUACAGAAAUAUUUUGGAAUUUAACUUUGAGAAAAUGAGCUACAAAAGAGGAUUAUUGUGCACAGCAGAUAUAAAAGACUUGAACUUAGAUGGCUUAUUCACUUUGAUACAGUUUUACAAGUUUUGUAAUGGAACCAUGAAGAUAAUCAACCUGUACUGAUUGAUGAGAUUCAGGAUGUACUGGUAAAUAAGCAAAGUGAAAUUUGAAACAGUUGUAACUUUUGUUGCCAUACCUUCCAUAAGAAAAAAAGGGGGGAUUUAGCAACUAAGCAUGGUCUCUAACGAUCUUAAAUCAAACCUUACCUCGUGUACUAUCAUGCCUUGAAUUUUAGAGAGGUUGUUUCUAAGAACUUAAUUCAGCAGGCUUUUUAAUGAUGAAGCCAAAAAAUCAUUGCCAGGAAAAAAAAAAAACAACCUUUAAUUCCAAGAAGCCUGAUUGGAACAAAUGUGAAUUAUCCUCUCUGCAUGCUCUGUCAAUAGAGAUGAGGUUUGUUUCAAUCUUUUUCUACAGGCCUAAUGUAAAUCACUUGACAUUAUGGUUGCCUUUUUAUGUAGAAAAGCGAUUACCAGUAAAUCAUCUGUGAAUGUCCUAAGCAUACUACUUUGACGUUGGUGGAUUUAAUGUGACUUUGCCACUCUAUCCUUACUGUCUCAGUUUUGUUCAUAACACAUGAAAGCACAUAGUGGAAGUGGUCAGUUACGUCAGAAUUUUGUAUUAGAAAACUAUAAAUGCUGAACGUUUAAUGAAGAUAAGCUCUUGCAACUUGUUUGCAAAAAUGCCCAUACCUGCGCUUAACCCGAAAGUUUCCUCUUAAAUUUACAUUGUAAUUCUUAUUGGGAAGGGGGAAACUUUGCGAUUUUGGAAGCAUGAAGCAGAUUUUUGCUCAAAAUAUAUUUGGAUGCACUUAUUUCUUUAUUAUGUUUGCAAGGUUGGUGGAGGUUUGGGGGUAUUUUUUAGCCCCCAAGAUAAAAAACAGUGCAAUUUAAGCAUCCAAUUUGGCUUUUCUUUCAGUUACCAAACAGUGAACUGUUCAGUCUAUGAUAUGUGUUUUAAUCAUACAUGAUUCUACUCCUCAUUAAUAUGCAAGCUCCCCCCCCUUUUUUUUAGAUGUCAGACUGCCUCAAGCUAAAACCUCAAUAGCUAAGCAGUCUGAGAUCUAUUUAUUAUUAGUCUCUCUGUGUCUCUAAUGAGUAAAACAAAAUAGCAUUUAAAUGAUUUAUCUCCUUGGAUAUUUGAGACUGUAAAACAUUUCUGUUCCACUACUUAAUAUAUUCUUUGGCCUUAACAUGAUGCAUUUUGUUUUUCAUUGCUGUAGUCUGUUCUGAUUAACAAAAAAUAUUUGGAUUUUAUUAACUUUGGGUAUACAAGCUACUAUAGUGCUGGUUUGUUCAAUAAGUGCUGUUGCCAUCUCAUCAGUUCAUUUGAGAAAUUUUUAAUCUUGCUCAGAAACUUUUAAAUGUACAUCUUUGACAAAGGUAAAUGUGACAAUAAAAUCUUAUUUAAUCCUU